AGUUCAUUAGUAAUAUUGGAAUUGUGGAUAAGCUUCCUUCCUGGGCUCCAUCUCACCCCUACCGGAUAACACUCCACUCCGAACUCCGUCGCCUUCCUCUUCUCCUCCGUACACCGAUGUAUUACCGCCGAGUCGGAGGCCCUCACAUCGUAUCCGCCCAACAUACGACACUUUAACUGUUCUUAUCCCUCAGAGGUGUACCAUAUUCGUGAUUCUCCUCAGGGACUCUAAUAGAGUCAAUAGCCGAAAGAAAACUCUGGUGUUGGGCAGAAAGAUUCUUAGUACACACAAACUGAGAUAUAGGGUCUAGCUAUAUAGCAAUGAAUAUUUGGUUUCUGGAUAAUGCCCCCUGGUUUAAAUCUUUCUCUAAGAAGGAUAUGGCUUCAACCACAAUGUCCAGUACCAUGCGAAUACAAACUUCCAGACAAACUGUUCAUAUUGAUAUCAAGUUUUGGGAAUGGCCUAUAUUUUCAUUUAUUCCUUGGGCAAUUUCUGCCAGGAAUAAGAUUCAGAUACCAUCCACUGUCAACCAAAAGCUAAAACGUGGCCCACGAGCUCUUGGAAGAAGUGAACUUGUUUCUCAAAAUUAUAUACGCUUCAGACCAUAUGUCUCCAAGGUUCCAUGGCAUACUGGUACAAGAGGUUUUUUAUCACAACUGUUUCCACGAUAUGGGCAUUAUUGUGGUCCCAAUUGGUCAAGCGGGAAAAAUGGUGGAUCUCCGAUCUGGGAUAGACGACCGAUUGAUUGGCUGGACUUUUGUUGCUAUUGCCAUGACAUUGGUUAUGACACUCACGACCAAGCUGAGCUUCUGAAGGCAGACCUUGCGUUUCUCGAGUGCUUGGAGAAGCCUCACAUGAGUACCAAGGGAGAUCCUCAUAUUGCUCUUCUUUACAAAACAAUGUCUGAGGAACAUAUUGAUUCCUUACCGGCAACAACUUGUGAAGUUACAAUCGUGGCAGUUGCCUCUUCAGUUUGGAUGGUUAAGCAAUGUUAAAUUGAAAUGGCCAAAGCUGCAUGCGUAACACUUGAAGAGAGAGUAUAUAUCCUGUGUCCCAAAAAGCAAUUACAAAAUCAGCAAUAUAAGUAAUGCUAUUCUUAAGUUCGAAGCUGAAGCUGUUACCAUUGUAAAUAAUGGAGUAAUAUCUGUAGAGGUGCUAUAGCUAAAGACGAAAGUAUUAAUGUUGCAAAGGUUGCUUCAUUUCCGAUCUUUAUGUUGUGUGCAAUCAUGUGUAUUGUGCAUACCUAACAUAUCAUAAAUUCAUAACUUGUGUAUACUAAAGAUCACAUUUGUAAUGAGGGGAAUAUAGAGGGAAAGGACUACUGUGGUCUAUGGGGAAUAUAUCACGUUUGCUUAAAAACAUUUUAGAUAUGCUAGAUAUGAUAUUUUCUAUUUAUUCAAUGAUUUUUCAUCUGUUUUUUAUUUUGUUAAAUUUCUU